AUGACAACCCCUGCAGCAACCACAACAACUCAAUCACCAACCACCACAACCCCUGCAGCAACCACAACAACUCAUUCACCAUCCACAUCAACCCCCACAGCAACCACAACUACUCAAUCACAAACCACCACAACCCCUGCAUCAACCACAACAAGUCAAUCACCAACCACCACAACCCCUGUAGCAACCACAACUCCAUCACCAACCACCACAACCCCUGCAGCAACCACAACUACUCAAUCACCAACCACACAACCCCUGCAUCAACUACAACAACUCAAUCACCAACCACAACGACCCCUGCAGCAACCACAACUGUUGCAGCAACCACAACAACCCCUGCAGCAACCACAUCAACUCAAUCACCAACCACCACAACCCCUGCAGCAAACACAACAAUUCAAUCACCAACUACAACAACUCCUGCAGCAACCACAACAAUUCCAUCACCAACCACAACAACUCCUGCAGCAACCACAACAACUCAAUCACCAACCACCACAACCCUCGCACAACCACAACAACUCAAUCUCACCAACACAACAAUCAAUCCUCCAGAAACCCGACAACACAAACAACUCUCAUAAAUACACAACUGCAGCAACCCACAAAACUCAAUCACCAACCACAAAAGCCUUGCACAACCACAACAAAACUUCAUCACAACCACCACAACUCCUGCAGCACCCACAAAUCAAUAACACAAACCUGCCCUAUAACCCAACUAAACAAACAAUCACAACAACCCUGCAGCAACACAACAACUCCCAAUCACCAACCCAACAACAACUCCUGACCGAACCACAAAACCACUCCAUCACCAACCACCAAACAAUUGCAGCAAACCAACAAAACUCAAUCACCAACCACAACAGCUCUGCAGCAACCACAACAACUCAAUCACCAACCACCACAACCCCUGCAGCAACCACAACAACUCCAUCACCAACCACCACAACCCCUGCAGCAACCACAACAAACCUAACCACCAACCAACCGCAACAACUCCUCAGCAACCCACAACCAAACCUAAUCACCAACCACAACCUAGCCCUGCAGCAACCACAAAACUCAUCCCCAACCACCACUGCAGCAACCAACAACUCAAAUCCACCAACCACAACAACUCCUGCAGCAAACCACAACUCAAUCAACCAAACCACCAACUCCUGCAGCAACCACAAUCCAUCACCAACCACCACCAACCCGCCCCUGCCAGCACCACAACUCAAUCACCGCCCCAAACCAAACAACUCCUGCACCAACCCAACAAACUCAAUCACCACCACCACAACUCCUGCAGAACCACAACAAUCCAUCACCAACCACAACAACUCCUGCACGACCACAACAACUCCCCUCAGGCAACCACAACAACUCAAUCACCAACCACAACAACUCCUGCAGCAACCAAACCAAAAACUCAAUCAAAACCAACCACCACCCCUGCCGCCAACCCCAACUCCAAUUCACCCAACCACAACCGUCUUGCAGCAACCAAACAAACCUCAAUCACCAACCAACCAACAACUCUGCAGGGCAACCACAACAACUCCAUCACCAACCACAACCCCUGCAGCAACCACAACAAUUGCUGCAGCAACCACCACAACCCAUACAGCAACUACAACAACUCAAUCACCAACCACAACAGCUCCUGCAGCAACCACAACAGCUCUUGCAGCAACCACAACAACUCCAUCACCAACCACCACAACCCCUGCCGCAACCACAACAAUGCAAUCACCAACCACAACAUCCCCUACAGCAACCACAACAACAACCCCUGCAGUAACCACAACUCAAUCACCAACCACAACCCUUGCAGCAACCACAACAACUCAAUCACCAACCACAACUCCUGCAGCAACCACAACAACUCAAUCACCAACCACCACAACCCCUGCAGCAACCACAACAACUCAAUCACCAACCACAACAACCCCUGCAGCAACCACAACAACUCAAUCACCAACCACAACAACUCCUGCAGCAACCACAACUCAAUCACCAACCACCACAACCCCUCUAGCAACCACAACUCCUGCAGCAACCACAACUCAAUCACCAACCACCACAACCCCUCUAGCAACCACAACUCCAGAAGCAACCACAACUCAAUCACCAACCACAACAACUCCUGCAGUAACCACAACUCAAUCACCAACCACCACAACCCCUCUAGCAACCACAACUCCUGCAGCAACCACAACUCAAUCACCAACCACCACAACCCCUCUAGCAACCACAACUCCUGAAGCAACCACAACUCAAUCACCAACCACAACAACUCCUGCAGCAACCACAACUCAAUCACCAACCACCACAACCCCUCUAGCAACCACAACUCCUGCAGCAACCACAACUCAAUCCACUAAACCACCACAACACUUCUAG